AUGAGCUCACAUCGAUAUCAACGGGCUGAUGCCCAUGAUGUAGAAGACGGUGAUGACGUGACCUUAUACCCCGGACAAUCUGGACCCUUACCCUCUUCUCCUCCUCCAUCUUUCCGUUCCAGAUCGCUCUCCCCACCCUCGAGACGCGUCCUAUCCCAGGAUCCCUUAUAUUCCGAAACAGCUCAAACCCUUGCAGAUACGUUUGGCGCUGAUGACCAAGACUCAGACGCAGAGGAUGAGGCCGAUGACAGACAAAGACUUAUGAGGGCCAACAAUACGACCACCCAGACUGGUAGCCCUUCACCAUACUCAGGUAGUGGAAAUGGAGCUCAAUCUCAGGGCGUAUCAGCGUCUGGAAAUACGAUGCAGCCAACAUCCAAUCCGCCAGUCUCUACCUCAUCUAGAACAAUACGCGCGGCGGGGUCGGCAAACGACGGGGUAUUUGCGAACUUGGCUGCGAAGCCAGAAAGGGGGGAAAAGACGGAAGAUCUGCCACCGUCAUACGAGCAAGCUGCAGCGGACGCCACUCCUCCCUAUUGGGAGACCACCAUCGUCGCUCCUGGCAUGUCUUCUGAUGAAGUCUAUGUUGAUGGCCUCCCUGUCGGCUCCGUAUUCUCCUUUGUCUGGAACGGCAUGAUUUCCACCUCUUUCCAACUCGUCGGUUUCCUCCUUACCUAUCUCCUUCACACGACACAUGCGGCAAAGAACGGCAGCAAGGCCGGUUUGGGUCUCACACUGGUCCAAUACGGCUUUUACAUGAAGGGUAGUACCGAGUUGAAUCGGGCGUCAGAACCCAACGGCGGCUAUGUCAGUCCUCCUGACCCUAACAGCCACAGUUUCGACCCAAACAAGGUGGGACAGGGUUCUAGUGAUUCCGAUGCGGGCACCGAGUCACAUUCAGGCGUGUUCACGGGUAUCACAACAAGCGAAUGGAUAUCGUAUAUUCUUAUGAUUGUCGGAUGGUUCAUCUUGAUCCGGUCCAUUAGCGAUUUCCUUCGGGCACGACGACAUGAACAGCUGGUCCUGCAAAGCCCCGAACGUGGACUCAGCGUGCCUAUAAUUGCAGAAGGCGAACAAGCUGAAACAGUUGUUUGA